AUGUCGAAAAAAACAACUCUUACGCUAUCGGAUAAAAUAAAAUUAAUCGAGUUAAAGCAACAUGAGAAUCUUUCAGUGAAGGAACUUAUGGUGAAAUUUAAGUGUGGAAAAACGCAAGUUUAUGAGGCAAUAAAAAAUAAAGACAAACUAAUGUGGGUGAGUUGUAAAAAUUCUGGUAAAAGUAAAAGAGUGGUGUCGGUGGGAUAUGAACAAGUUGAACGAGAUUUAUACAGGUGGUUCAUCAAUUGUCGGUCGAAAAGUUUGCCCAUCUCUGGACCUAUUAUACAAACAGAGGCCACUAAAUUGGCAGAAAAACUCGGAAUCAGUGAUUUUAAAGCUUCAAACGGUUGGCUUGACCGGUUCAAACGACGGCACAAUAUCGUCUGCAAACAAAUCAAUGGAGAAGCAAAUGAUGUAAAUCAAGAUACAGUUGAAAAUUGGAAACGCAAACUCUUAGUUCUCAUUAAAGGGUAUGAAGCUAAAGACAUUUAUAAUGCCGACGAAACUGGUCUUUUUUUUAGAGGGAUCCCUACCAAGUCUUUAGUAAUAAAGGGCGAUGCGUGUGUUGGUGGUAAAAAAUCUAAGGAUAGGUUAACUGUAUUAAUGUGUGGGAGCAUGGCAGGUGAAAUAAGGAAACCUCUUGUUAUAGGCAAAUCCAUGAAACCUCGUUGUUUUAAGAAUAUGAAUAUUGCUUUGUUACCUGUGACUUGGAAAUCUAACAAGAAGGCUUGGAUGACGGCCGAAAUAAUGGAACAGUGGUUGCAAUAUUUCAAUGCAGAUAUGCGAUUGUAA